GUGUGUGUGUGUGUGUGUGUGUGUGUGUGUGUGUGUGUGUGUGUGUGGUUUGUUUUGAAUUGGUACACAAACCAAUUAAGCCCAAUAAUGCCAGCCAAUCAUCGCAUUUCGGAGAGUCGGGAACUCCGCCUCCUCAAGUUAUAGCGGUACCCACCACACGGGCAUUCCCACAAUAGACAGGGCAUUUACCUUUGUGUAAUUAUAUGCAGUAACCCCCACAGGAUUUAAAAGAACAAUGCCACGACAUAGCAAAAAGAAGAUUUCACUGCAUGAGAAAGCAAUGAAAGGCGUGAGAGCAAGGCUGACCACCUCUACCCUCAGACCUGUUCCUCGCCGCCACUCUAGAGGAAGCCGUAGCUGCUUCAUCAGUUGCUGACAUGAGAAAAAGAAGCAGAAUAUCAGAUUGUCCAUUGGCGAAAACACCCCACGUCAGAUUGGGUGGGACAGACUCUUGUAUGACGACAGAUGGAUUCACUUUUAAAGAUGAGAUUAAAGUAUCAUUUCCUCAGGUCUGUAAUAUGGAAAUGAAGGAUGAAGAAAGUGAGGAAACAUUUAUUGAAGAGGAUAUCACAAUCAAAAAGGAGGAGCCUGACAGUUGCGAUCUUUUAGUACCUUUUCCUUGCAGAAAUUGUGAGAAUUUGUAUGCCACCAAAUGUGAAUUGGAGGUUCACUUAAAGGAGGUACAUAAGGAAGGAAACCUCUUGCAUUGUAGGAAUUGCAAUGAAAAGUUCCCUGAGGAGAGUAUACAAGCGCUCCAUGCCGAAGUAUGCGUUAAAAGAGAGACGUUGAAUGAUAAGGUUGCAUCAGAGCCUUCAGAGAAUUUGGUAUGGACUAGUUCUGCUUGUGAAUUGACUGUUAAUCCUCCAAAGAUAGUUAUGGCACCAAAGGAAGAAGUUGACCUUGAACAGCCCACCACAAAAGCAAACUUGCCCAGAUGUCCCGUACCAAGAAACUCUAUGUCCUCUACACCAACGAACAACUCGUUUAAUGUUCCAACUCCACCAAGGUCCAGUAGAAAGAGGAAACACAAAACUAGUCAUGUAUCUCACACUGACGACCAGUUAAUGAAAGCACUAGCUAAUGUGCAUAAUAAGUGGAAGACUAUGAAGGAAUUAAAUGCACCCUUGGAUCCCGUAACAGAAUCCAUUAAGGGCUUCAUGAGGAUUUUAAAUGACCGCCAUCCACACCUCAAGACAAAAUUCAUCCAAAAGGUUUUGCAAGCUCAGGCAGAGAUCUCACAAGAAUUUCAUUGAACCCCACUCCAAAAAAAAGGAUUUUUCUCCCCCCUUGUGAGUUUGUACAUAAGAAUUACUUAAUUUUCUAGCCAGAAUGGAUUUUCUCUCUAUAUUGCUCAUGUAAUAUAGCUUUUAAGUGAAAUAUAUUUUUGUAUGAAUUA